AUGAAAGCCAAAAAGAUUCUGUUUCCGACCGACUUCUCGACCCCGAGCGAUGCCGGGCUCGCUCAUGCGACCUCGUUGGCUCGAGACACGGGAGCGACUUUGUUGAUCGUGCAUGUUGAGGAACCCCCUACGGCGUACGGAGGGGGAGAAAUGUACUACGGCAUCCCCGAACCAGAUACGGCGGCACUGCAGCGGAUGCUGGAAGCGGUGGUUCCAACCGAUCCGAAUGUGACCUAUGAGCACCGGCUUAUCAUCGGCGACCCGGCAACAGAAGUCGUACGGCUGGCAAACGAUGAGCACGUCGACAUGAUCGUGAUGGGAACUCACGGACGCACCGGGCUAAGCCGGCUGCUGAUGGGCAGUGUGGCUGAAGCUGUGGUUCGUCGAGCCGAGUGCCCCGUAUUCACGUUCAAACAACCGCACCACGCAGCAAAAGAAAAAGCUGCCGGUGAGUAA